AGGACGGCGGCGUGCGCGCGCCCGCGCGGAAGGAAACCGCGCCGGCGUGCGCGCGCUCGCGUUUGUGGGCGUGGCCAGGGUGGAGAGUAGCUGUGGACGCGCUCUGGGAGAGGACUUCCGGUUCCUUCGGUUUACCCCGGCGUUAGCGCGGUUUGUCUGCAGCUCCUGGAGUUCUUUUCUCUUCAGUCGAUUUGGUGAUUUCACUAGAACACUAUUGGGAGAAAGUAUCAUGGAAGUUCUGCGCCCACAGCUUGUAAGGAUUGGUGGACGGAUUUACAGAAAAAAUCCCAUCCAAGAACAGACUUAUCAACAUGAAGAAGAUGAUGAAGACUUCUAUCAAGGCUUCAUGGAGUGUGCAGAAGAGCCCUGUGAUGCCUACGAGGUGGUGCAGACCCAGCAAGGUUUCCGGUGUACCGUGAAGGCCCCCAGCCUGCUGUACAAGCAUAUAGUUGGAAAGAGAGGGGACACUAGGAAGAAACUAGAAGUAGAAACCAAAACUUCUAUUAGCAUUCCUAAGCCUGGACAAGAAGGAGAAAUUGUAAUCACUGGACAGCAUCGCAGUGGUGUAAUUUCAGCCCGAACUCGGAUUGAUGUUCUUCUGCUCACUUUUAGAAGAAAGCAGCCCUUUACUCACUUCCUUGCCUUUUUCCUCAAUGAAGUGGAGGUUCAGGAGCGAUUCCUGAAGUUCCAGGAGGAAGUACUGCAGAAGUGCUCCAUGGAUCAUGGGGUUGAUAGCACCAUUUUCCAGAAUCCCAAAAAGCUUCACCUAACUAUUGGAAUGUUGGUGCUUUUGAGUGAGCAAGAGAUCCAGCAGACGUGUGAGAUGCUACAGCAGUGUAAAGAGGAAUUCAUUGAUGACAUUUGUGGGGGCAAACCCCUUGAGGUAGAGAUGACAGGGAUAGAAUACAUGAACGAUGAUCCUGGCAUGGUGGAUGUUCUUUAUGCCAAAGUCCAUAUGAAAGAUGGCUCCAACAGGCUGCAAGAAUUAGUCGAUCGAGUGCUAGAACGUUUUCAGGCAUCUGGACUAAUAGUGAAAGAGUGGAAUAGUGUGAAACUCCAUGCUACAGUCAUGAACACUCUAUUCAGGAAAGACCCCAAUGCUGAAGGCAGGUACAAUCUCUACACAGCGGAUGGCAAAUAUAUCUUCAAGGAAAGAGAAUCAUUUGAUGGCCGAAACAUUUUAAAGCUCUUUGAGAACUUCUACUUUGGCACCCUGAAGCUCAAUUCCAUUCACAUCUCCCAGAGGUUCACAGUAGACAGCUUUGGGAAUUAUGCCUCCUGUGGGCAGGUCGACUUCUCCUGAGGAGGAUCUUGGGAAGCGCUAGGAAUUGAACAUCCUCACAAGGUGCCGAGGGAAAGAGGAUCUUGUGUUUUCAUUGCCGAAGAGAGAUUUGGAAAUUUGGAUGGUGACCUUCCUGGAUGGUUCCCCACAACACAGCAUGGCCUCUAAUAUAAUAGUUGUCCACAGUCAGCAAACCGCCCGUCAGCCCAGGUGGUUGUGGGCACAGGGGAACUUGUGCCUUGAACCCUGGCUUCUUCCUCUUUCACAGGGUCUGCUUUCUUCCUGACGCUCUUCUCUGGAAGUGCACCUCUCAAGCCUACUGGAGCUGGGAUUCACAUUAUUUCUUACAUGCCUGCUGAUUCUGCCCCAGCCCUUAAGCUCUUUCAUAUGAAUACUUUAAAAGAGAAUUAAAGACAUGGUUUUAUUACUGUCUCCACCUAAAUUGAAUGUCUCCAGUUUUUAAGAAGGUUGAUUUUUACUUCCCUUUGUACCAUAACUUUUAAUCACUCCCCAGAAUUUCUUUGUGGUAAAAUACAUAGAAGGUUUACCAUCUUACCUGCUUCGUUGUAAGUGUAUAGUUUGGUAGUGUUAAGUAUAUUCACAUUGUUGUGAAAUGUUUCCAGAACUUUCUCACCUUGAAGAUCUGAAACUAUACCCAAUUAAACAACUCUCCGUGUCCCCAUCC